CAUUGAUAUGAGUGACUCCUCAACUCAUUCACAAGGGUCAACAAAUUACACAAGGCAAACCAUCUCUGCCAUAGUUGACACUGUUAUGGAGGUCAUUCCAAGAGAAGAUACGGAACACAUAGCCACUGCAGAUGAUGUCACUUCUUUUACAAGAAGACUUGCGAGACUCAGCCCCAGGGACGGUCUUCAGAACUUCUCACAUGAGCUCACUGACAAAGUUUAUGAGCUCAUAAAAAGUCACAACACCCCCCAGGCUCUUUUUGUGCCAGCUGGCAAGAGCGUGUCUGACUCUAUUCUUUUGAAGCUGAAGACAGGAUUGAAUGCUUCUGAAGAAUCCAGGGAGUUCCCAUCUGACCUUGUGUACUCCUUUGCUACGGAGUCAAUAAAACGUCUGCUACAGCAGAUUGUCUUCUGGCUUCCUCCACCAUCACAAGGAUCCGAUUUCUGCCAAACUAUCAUCUCUGAUGGUUCUCUGCAGGAAACAAGUCAGCUUAUCCCGAACUCUUCUGCCACCUCCAUUAGUUCCACACAGGUUUACUGUGACACAAAGAGCCUUUUCACCAAUAUAAUGGUCAAUCAGGUCAUGGAUACCUGUUCUGUGGCCUCCAAUUCAUCAGAAGAAUUAUCAGAGUUGAUGAACAUAAUCAAUGGGUUGUCCCCAACUGAUGCUGGAACACUUGACUCUGACAGCCCGGCUCUCAUGACCACUAGCCGUCAGUCUAGUGCCAAAUCAUUUCCUAAACCCUCUCUCUCUGGCAGCAGCACACACAAUGGUGGAACUGUGCAUAUUCAAGUUUUAGGAGAGGUGGAAUCCAAGAUGGACAACAAAGAUCUGGAGAUGUCUAGUGUCUCUGUGCAUCCAUCAACUUCAUCAGCCAUGGACUCUGAUACACAUGCAUUAUUUGACUCCACUAGCAAUGACUACACCUCUUUGGUACUUUUACUGAUUGUUAGAUUGCUGUCAAUGAUCACCCCUAUCACAUUACUGGAAUCCUCCGACAUUGGUGAAACAUCAAGAGUUCUCACAAAGAGGAUUCUGUCUGAGUUCUGUGGCACCUCAGGCCCUGAACAAACUCAAGCCUACCCCCAGAAUCUGAAAAUCAAAGAGAUUUUCAAGGCUGUCUACAUGGGGCUUCUUCAAGAAUUCGGGUCAGAGAAGAUGCUCCAGGUUGCAAUGAAGUCAACGGAUUAUGCAUUUGACGAUGCCCUGGUCAAAUCAUUAACUAGGGAACUACUAGCUAAAUGCAAUGAGGCUAGCUCUUCACCUCCCUCCAUGACCCAGUUGUCAUCACACAAUGCACUUGGCAGUGACGAGGUAGGUCAUUCUGGGCUUCCAACAACUGGUAGAAAGGAAAAGAAGAGAGGAAGAUUCAGCGCUCUCUGUGGACUCAACCCAAAGUGUACAAAGAAGGACAACAAGAAGAACCACUGCACUCCAACACCUUCCCAGAACCAGACCCCUGCCGUCAGUGAAACAGGUAAGUCAAUACACUCAAAUGUGUACUGAACAAAAAUAUAAACGCAACAUGCAACAAUUUCAAAGAUUUUAUUGAGUUUCAGUUCAUAUAUGGAAAGCAGUCAAUUGAAAUAUGCUCAUUAGGCCCUUAUCUAUGGAUUUCACAUGACUGGGAAUACAGAUAUGCAUAUGUUCAUCACAGAUACCUUAAAAAAAAGGUAGGGGCGUGGAUCAGAAAACCAGUCAGUAUCUGGUGUGAUCACCAUUUGCCUCAUGCAGCGUGUCACUUCUCCUUCGCAUAGAGUUGAUCAGGCUGUUGAUUGUGGCCUAUGGAAUGUUGUCCCACUCCUCUUCAAUAGCUGUGCGAAGUUGUUGAAUAUUGGUGGGAACUGGAACACGCUGUUGAACACGUCAAUCCAGAGCAUCACAAACAUGCUAAAUGGGUGACAUGUCUGGUGAGUAUGCAGGCCUUUCGACAUGGGUCCAUGCAUUAUCAUGCUGAAACAUGAGGUGAUGGCGGUGGAUGAAUGGCACGACAAUGGGCCUAAGGAUCUCGUGACGGUAUCUCUGUGUAUUCAAAUUGCCAUUGAUAAAAUGCAAUUAUGUUCGUUGUCCGUAGAUUAUGCCUGCACACACCAUAACCCUACAGCCAACAUGACGCCAUAUACUUGGUCUGUGGUUGUGAGGCCGGUUGGACAUACUGCCAAAUUCUCUAAAACGACAUUGAAGGCGGCUUAUGGUAAAGAAAUAAACAUUCAAUUCUCUGGCCACAGCUCUGGUGGACAUUCCUGCAGUCAGCAUGCCAAUUGCACGCUCCCUCAAAACAAGUCAACCAGCGUUUUUCCUUGCUCCUAUUUUUCUCAGUCUCUGUCUCUGAGACAUCUGUGGCAUUGUGUGGUGUGACAAAACUGCACAUUUUAGCGUGGCCUUUUAUUGACCCCAGCACGAGUUGCACCUUUGUAAUGAUCAUGCUUUUUAACCCACAAGAGUCUAAGCCCUGUCUGGGCCGAGGAGUUUGUAUCGGCCUUACUGCUAUUUGCCCAUACAAACGCAUUGAAUAACAGAUUCACUACAUGGAACUGAAGUGUCUGUCCUAAAUCUGAGAGAUAUAAGAAAGUUGACAAAUAUAUAUUUAUAUUCAUAUGUAUAUAUAUCAUUUUAAAUGUUUUUAUCACCUUCUUUUUGGCACUAAACAGUCUAAGCCCUGGGGGGGGGCCUAUGUAACACUUCUGCGUUAAAUAGGCGGAUUGAGACUGCGAGGCUACCUGCCGCCCUACAUUUGUAAAUAAUGUAGAAUAUUACAAUUUAAAUAAUAAUAAUGCAAUAGUAAUUCUUCACACCAACUAGGGUCA